AAAGUUAUAUAUAAUGCCCCCGACCAAAAAGAAAUCUGAAACCCGAUCCACCCACAUGGUUUGAUGAUCCUAUUCUUCGUCAAUAAUCUCAACCUGUUCUCUCUCUCUCUCUCUCUUCAAUGGCAAUGGCAACAAUCAACCUAUCAUCAUCAUCACCAAUCCGCAGCACCUCCUCAUCUUUACUCUCUUCUUCUUAUUCUCCCCAAACUACCCCCACCCAUGCAUUCUACUCCCACCCCAAGAAUCCCUCCCAUCACUUCCCCUCCAUAAUAAUCUCUCUCCGACCCAAAACCCUAACUAAAUCUCGCCUUCGAACCGCCGUUGUUUCUGCUGUCAAGAAGCUCUCCGAGACUAAGCCGGUCGGAGUUCCCCCGGAAUCUGAGGAAAUCGCCGGGACUUUCCCGGCGGUGGCCGGAGUGUACAGCGUUUACGAUCAGAACGGGGACCUUCAGUUCGUGGGUCUGUCUCGGAACAUUGCGGCCAGUGUUCUUGGUCACAGGAAAUCGCUGCCGGAGCUCUGUUGCUCCAUUAAGGUUGGGGUGGUAGAUGACCCAGAUAGAACAGCUCUAACCCAAGCCUGGAAAUCAUGGAUGGAGGAACACAUAGGAUCCACUGGAAAGGUCCCACCAGGCAACAAAUCUGGAAACACGACAUGGGUUCAGCAGCCACCAAAGAAGAAGCCCGAUUUACGGUUAACACCUGGCCGACACGUCCAAUUAACAGUCCCACUGGAGGAACUCAUUGACCGGCUGGUGAAGGAAAAUAAGGUGGUGGCCUUCAUCAAGGGAUCACGAAGUGCUCCGUUAUGCGGAUUUUCCCAAAAGGUGGUGGGAAUACUUGAAAGCGAAGGUGUGGAAUAUGAGAGCAUAGAUGUGCUUGACGAAGAGUAUAAUCAGGGAUUGAGGGAGACGCUGAAGAAGUAUAGUAACUGGCCUACGUUUCCGCAGAUUUUUGUGAAUGGUGAGUUGGUUGGCGGGUGUGAUAUCUUUUCGUCGAUGUAUGAGAAGGGUGAGCUUUCUGGUUUAUUAAAAAAGUAGUAGAUGGGAAAAUGAGAGCUUUGGAAAUUGGUUGAGCCGGGGCAGGAUGAUAUGAAAUAGCCCACUGUUUGAGUUGAUCAUAGAGAAACUAGGCAAGUAGAGCCUGAUUUUUUAAUGUUCUUGUCGAGCAACCCAUUUGUAUGUAGUUCUGUUCUUGUCUACUCCGUGUUGCUAGUAUGAUCUUUUUCCCUC